AUGGGAGACAAAUCGGCCUAUAUGGGAGCUGGAGGAUAUUCGUCAGGAUAUAUGGGAGCGAAUGCUUCGUCAUCCGGUUAUGCUCGUGAAGAUUAUGCUCAAGGAGGAAGCAGUGGAGGACAAACAUCUGGAGGUAAGUAUUGGUGGGGAACUGUAGAUUGUCAGCCUCUCAGAAUUCAGUCUUCAAUUUAUAGCUGAAUAUUUUUUAGUAUCCAAAAAUUGAGGCCUCCCUCCACAAAAUUUUUUCAUUUUUCAGGAACUACAAAUCCAGGAGCCCAAGUAUUCAAAGCUCGUACCGAUCAAUCUUGCUACAUGGGACCACCAUAA